UGAUCCUACCGAUGGUACUGUGAAUUACCAUCUUCUAACGCUCCGCCUGCCAGUGAACUUUGCACUUCAGAUUACUAUUACCAAGGCUCUAGGGAGCGUGCGAGAGAGAGGAGAGCCUGGCUGCUGCGUUCCUCUAGUUGGUAAGUUGCAGCGCAGGCACAUAAUAACUGACAGAAAGGGGAGAGAGAGAGAGAGAGAGAGGAAGGGAGAGGCGAAAGAGAAAGGGUAACUACGACACGACGACCGCAUCAGGAAGCCUAAAACAUGGAGAGGAAAGUUGCCCGAGAAUUUAGGUUAAAGGUUGAUUCAUUGAUUGAUAAUGAUGCAGAAAAGGACUAUCUUUAUGAUGUACUUCGCAUGUAUCACCAGUCUAUGAAUUUACCAGUGCUUGUAGGAGAUUUAAAGCUUGUGAUUAAUUCACCAAAUCGUUUGCCACUGUUUGAUGCUGUUCGACCAUUGAUCCCUCUUAAACAUCAGGUGGAAUAUGAUAAUCUGACCCCUAAACGAUCUAGGAAGCUAAAAGAAGUGAGACUGGAUAGGACACAUCCUGAUGGACUUGGCUUAAGUGUACGUGGAGGGCUGGAGUUUAACUGUGGAUUGUUUAUUUCGCAAAUAGUGAAAGGAGGCCAAGCGGAUACUGUAGGGCUUCAGGUUGGGGAUGAGAUUGUUCGAAUUAAUGGUUAUUCAAUAUCUUCAUGCAUUCAUGAAGAAGUGAUAAACCUUAUCCGCACAAAGAAGACGGUCUCCCUUAAAGUUAAACAUGUUGGCAUGAUUCCUGUCAAGAGCUCAUCUGAAGAGCCACUGAAGUGGCAGUUUGUAGACCAGUUUGUAUCAGAAGCUGGGGAUGGAAAGAGCAGCAUUGCUGGACUGGCAUCUAUUGGAGGAAAUGAAGUCAAAGAGAAAAAGAUAUUCAUUAGUCUGGUGGGAACUAAAGGCAUGGGAUGCAGCAUUUCUAGUGGUCCAACGCAAAAACCUGGAAUUUUUGUUAGUCAAGUUAAACCUGGGGCAGUUUCAGCAGAAGUCGGAUUAGAGGUUGGUGAUCAGAUUGUUGAAGUGAAUGGAGUUGAUUUUACAAAUCUUGAGCAUAAAGAGGCAGUUAAAGUGCUAAAGAGCAGUAGAAGUCUAACCAUUACUGUGCUAACUGGAGCAGGGAGGGAACUUUUUAUGACAGAAGUGGAAAGACAAACUGAAGAGCGUCGACGUGAGAACGAGCGUCAGGAAUUAAUGCAUCAAAAAAAGUUGGCUCUGGAAACAAAUAAGAUUGUUAAAGAACAGCAGGAAAAGGAAAGGAUAAGAAAGCAAGAGAUGGCACAGAAGGCAGCAGAAGAAGAAGAAAGAUAUUCCAAAGAAAUUGAACAGAUAGUAGCACAAGAAGAAAAAUUUAAAAAGGAUUGGGAAGAAGACUGGGGUCAAAAAGAACAACCCAAGAGUCCUGUGCCUGUGAGCAAAGACAUCCAGCCACAUCUAAAACCAUCACCUUCUAAAACCAAGAGCCAGGACACCUUUAAGGCUGAGAAACAUCAGCUAGGAGAGGAGGAGGAGAUGGAUGGAGCAAGCAGAAUACAGACAAAACAGCAGAAAGGAAGAGAGAGGAAAAAAUCCAGGACUGACUCAUUCACUGAACAAAAGAAGAAUAAGAAAGAAAUGGAAUUUGAACAGAAACUUGCAAGAGAAAAAGAAGAGAUGCUUGAGAAAGAAAAACAGCUGAAGAUAAGUCGAUUAGUACAAGAGGUAUCAGAGACAGAGAGAGAAGAUUUAGAGGAGUCAGAAAAAGUUCAACACUGGGUUGAGCGCCUUUGUCAGACCCGACUAGAGCAAAUUUCUUCUGCAGAGAAAGAAACUCCAGAGUCAUCAGGGGUACGCCCCCCUAUACCAGCUACAUCCUUGCGGAGGUUUGCUGGAGGUCUACAGCUCCACACUACUGAUUUGGAUGAUAUUAACCUAGAUGACUUUGAACAGCCUGCAAAACAGCCUACAAAGAGAAUGGCACCAGCACCACCCUCACCUCGGUUUCCUCCUACCCCUUUAUCAUCCCAUUCUUUGCAAUCAUCCACUGCAACACAUUCAAGGAGCCUACCAGUAAAUCCCUUACCAUUAUCCCAUCAGUCUGUCCCACCUUUUCCUCCUCCACCACCCCCACCUCCACCUCCUCUACCUGCUACUACCCGACCUCUUGCCAGUACUCCAGAAGAACGAAUUGCUGGCCAUAGUUCUCGUCUUGGUAGCCAACCAGACGUACCUAGUAAAGAAAAGGAUAUUAAAAACUAUAGAGAUAGAGGAAGAGCUGGAUAUAUUCCCAUAAGCUCUUCAGCAAAUGAUUCUGUUUACCAUUCUACUCACAAGGUAAUACGAAGUACAUCUCAUGCCAGUAAGGUCUCAUCAUCAUCAGGCAGUCCACUGCUAUUUGCACCAAGUUCACCUAGUCAGCGACGUCCUGCUGUUCCAUUAGUCAGCAAGCCUGUAAUGUUACCACCUGACCCUAGUGUAAUCCACAGGACAGCAGUCAAAUCUGCAGGCUUGGGAUUCCAGAAAUAUGUGGAAGACUUUGACCCGUAUUCCAUGUUUAGUGCAGAUCAGGUUGCUGGGAAGGACAUACGACUGUUACGGAUUAAAAAGGAAGGCAACCUGGAUGUUGUACUGGAAGGAGGCAUCGAUUCCCCUCUUGGGAAGAUUGUUGUUUCUGCCAUUUAUGAAGAAGGUGCAGCAGACAAGCAUGGUGGAAUUGUUAAAGGGGAUGAAGUUUUGGCUGUGAAUGGGAAAAUUCUCACUGAUGCUACUUUACCUGAGGCUCAAACAACCCUGGCCAAAGCCUGGAAUAGUGGUGGAGAUUGGAUUGACUUGGUUAUUGCUGUAUCUCCUCCCAAGGAGUAUGAAGAUGAAGUGACCCUUUUUUGAAUUGAAGAACAUGAAGAUUCAUUACAUUCACUGGAUACACAAUCUUUGAAAAUGCAUGUUUUGCAGCUAAUUUUAUUUUUGCUAAAUCAGUAGUCAUAAUUCCUUGUCUGCAUCUUUAACACAAUACCAGCAUAAAUUCACUACAAAUAGCAAUGCUGUAAUUAAUAUUAGUAAAGUUAUACUUUGCUGGCACUACACCUAACUGCUUUAUGAGUAAAACUGAAUGAAUCUUCUAUGAUGAAAUAUUAUAUUGCUUUGCAAAAAAAUGAUUAUUGCUUUCCUUACAUACUGCACAUGCAACCACUUCAUAGAAACAAACAAUGCUUUGUUAAUUAUAUGUAGCUUUUUAGGCAGGUUCUGAAUUCAAGAUAAUUCAAAGCUGAGCAGCUGUAUCAGCAAUGCUUAAAUGUAAAAACAGUAGGAAUUCAUAAAUCUGAGCAGUAGUUGAGGAAAAAGAUUUUAUACGACUUUCUUCAGAAGUGGAACAACAUAAAGAAAAUUGUGACUGCAUUAUUCUAAGGGGAGUAUAUUCUUUUUUUAAUUGCUAAAAUGUAAAUUAUGUAUUAGCUGCCUUAAUAUUUGUGUUACUUCUCCAGUUAUAAUAAAUUAGGCUGCUGCAGGUCAUGCUGCAAAAGUAUUCAUUCCUCA